AUGAUGCUUGCAAUUAGUCGAAUUCAACGAAUUGCCAACACCGGCAUGCGAACACUUGCACUUGCAAGCAAUGACAAUAUGAAGUUGAGAACUACCGUGGAUUUUUGUGAACAACCGUUGCGUCAAUUCAAGGGAAACGGGGACAAUUGGAACACACGAGAGUUGCUGAUUGCUGGAUCGGCAGUGGCUGCUUUGACUGUUAUUGGAGGAAGUGAGACGCUGUGCGAAGUGCUUGAACAAGAAGAAAAACAAGAUGGAGAGGACGAUGUACUCGUCGAUGGCAAUACCACCAGCAAUAGUGUCUCAGUCUACUUUGACACUGAGUAUGAAACAAAAAGGAUACUGGGCAGUGGCUCUUUUGGGGUAGUGAUGCAGUGUGUACACAAGGAAACUGGACAUGUAGCGGCAGUAAAAAUGGUCCAGGACAUUGAAGGGAAUUACGAAGAGGUGCAGCGUGAACAACAAGCAUUGGAGUGUCUCGAGCGCGCGGGUGGCCAUGAGAAUAUUGUAGGCUACAAAGGCUCGUAUUACCACAAUGACUUCCACUACAUUGUAUUGGAAUAUGUGCCCGGCAUUUCUCUUCAUUCAUUCAUUACCAAGCAUCACACGCUGGAUUCGACGCAGUCAUUGCAACUCGUGUCGCAGUUAGCGAGUGCGUUGCAAUUCAUGCACGAAGCUGAUGUCAUUCACGGUGAUCUGAAACCUGAGAACGUCAUGACACUCGUGGAUUGUGACAGCAAAAGCCAUUUCAAACGUGAUUGGGAAGAUAUCAAGCUCAAAAUUAUCGACUUUGGCUCCGUCUCACGAAAAUCGCAGCCCGAGAACUUCGAUACGACGACGACGACCUUGUCAGGAACUCGAUGCUACUGGUCUCCGGAAGUUCUUGAAUACCAGGAAAUGACGCCUGCAAUGGACAUGUGGGCACUUGGAUGCAUUUUGUACAUUCUCAUAUCAGGUCGUCAUCCUUUUGACCUCACGGGCCGCUCAAGUGAAGAUGAAAUUUUAGAACGUGUCAAGACCGAGUCCUUGUCUUUUUUAAGUCCUGUAUGGACCAAUGUUCCAAUUAAGACAAAAGAGCUCAUUUGUGGGUUAUUGGAAAAAGACCCAAAUCGUCGACUGUCAGCGGAUCAAGUGCUUGGACAUCAAGAUAUUCAGGUUUCAUUGGAUGCUCAUCGCUAUCGCCAACGCCUUAGGGACGCGGCUCAAUACAGUCGAAAUCUCUUGCAAAACUAUCCAGUGGAUCUAAUUAAACCUCCUUUAGCCUCAGAGUCGUUUUACACGGGCCUUACAGUGCGUCGAGAGGUCUCUGACCCUGAAGAAUUUGCUUUUGAUAAAUAUCGACGUCGUUUAUGGGAAUUUAAUCACGAGGAAUACGGGUCAUCACGGUUGAAAAAGCAAAAAGUGGUUUUUGAAAAAGUUAAUUACGUGUACGAAGAGAACAAGAGAAAUCAGAGUAUUUUGAAAAGUUUGCAGAAAGAGUUGAGGGGACAGAGAGGAGAGUGUCGUUUUAAUAGACGAGAAAGGGACAAAAACAUGACAAAGAAGUACCCAAUUGCGAAGCAGAGAGAAGAGAGUAAAAAGAUGUGGGAGAUGAAGGAGGGAGAUGCUCUGAUGCAAUCAAGUAAAGACGAAAAGAAUGAUGUGGCACUAAAAGUGACGACAGAUACCAACAAAAAGACUGAAAUGAGUAUGACGGCAAAGUCUCGUGAGGAGGAAAUUGCUGAAGUAGAAGAAAAACUUCGAGCUCAACAUUUGUCGCGCACUUUGGACGCAGAUCGACUAUUUUACAAACGUCUAGCAGAGCGAGAGACGAAUACUAUUCUGGAGGAAGUUUUACUCGAUGAGAUAUACGAUCUGGCUGCAGAUGUCUUUGAUGAGGAAGAAGAGAAGAAUCGCAACAAGGAGUUACCACCAGAGCUACUCGAAAUUGUUGAAGAUGCACUGCAUGAAGGCCCAAUGGAGGAGGUCCUCGUUCAGAAGUACAACGUAGACAUUACGCGCCGUCAUUUGCAGUGUUUGUUGCCUCUAGUGUGGCUCAAUGAUGAGGUGAUUAACUUUUACUUUCAGAUGAUGAGCGAUCGCGAUGAAGCGUUAGUGAAAGCUGGUAUCCUGCAAAAGCGGAGCCACUUUUUCAAUUCAUUCUUCUACACGAAAGUGUCGGAGAAUGGCUACAAUUUUACUAACGUCCGCCGUUGGACAAGGAAGAUAGAUCUGUUUGCCAUGGACAAGAUAUUUGUGCCGGUCAACGUCGGCAACAUGCAUUGGUGCAUGGCUGCUAUUUUCAUGACGGAAAAGCGCAUCCAAUAUUACGAUUCCAUGCACGGAAGCGGUGCCACGUGCAUUAAAGUUUUGAUGAAGUAUCUCAACGAUGAGUCGGAACACAAGAAAAAGACAAAAUUUAAUGACCAAGGGUGGGAGUUGGUGACUACCACACCCGACACGCCUCUGCAGAUGAAUGGAUCUGACUGCGGCGUCUUCUCGUGCUUGUUCGCAGACUACCUGUCUCAAAAUUUGCCGCUGUCUUUCAAGCAGAAAGACAUUCCUUUUCACAGGCAUCGCAUUGUACUCCACGUCACCCGAGGUUAUAUUCCACUUGAAGAGGAAUGGCUAUAG